AUGAACGUCUCGCAGUUUCUCAAGUCCUUUAAGAAAAACCUCGCGGCAAAGGCCAAGUGUGGUGCUUCGGAGCGGCAAGCCAACGAGCGCACGACUGCACAUGGAGAAGAAGAUGUGAGUGACGACUUUCACUCAGCCAGUGACGAGGCAGAGGAAGAGGCCGAGGAUGAAGAGGUGAUUCUCGGCGGCCGAUCAGAGAAGCUCGCCAGCAAGCGGUACGCUACAAAGACGAGCUGCAGCAAUCGAAACCGGGAAUUUCCCUCCUUGAAGGUGGUUGAGACCAACAGUACCCGUGCUGUCGAGAUGGGUCACUUUCAGCGGCAACGCGCCGUCAUGGCGAGGCAGCCAAGAAGUACGCAAAAGCGGCCCCGCGCAGAAGUGGUGGCGGCUGUGCGGGCCGAGUUGUUGCGGCAACGCGAGCAGCUGCACGCUUCACAUGUAUCCGAUUCAGCAAAUGUGGUCGAUGCGCCGGUGGAGAAGGUGCAGACCACCAUGAUCGAGGUAGAAGACCUUCUCCAGGCAAGCGCGCCAACAGCUCCCACCUGUGCUUCAGUGCUGGACUUUUUGCCAGCAACGCCUCUACCUGCUGCUCAUCAGGCGACACCUACGACAGCAUCAAGUGUCGUAUCGACCGCAACUGCAACGAAUGAACAACAGCAGCCACCAAACCCAGCCACAAGCCUGACAGCCGUCGCACCCCUGGAAAGCGGUGCAUCAGUGGAGGGUUCUCCGCAGCUGCCCAAGAAGAGAUCAAAGUUUGAGCUCGCAAUGACACUCGCUCGCGAUGAUGCGACCACCUGA